UGCGAGGACACGAGUGUCGCCGACGGCAACGAUCGGCGCAAACAAUUGGUACUCAAAGUGGAGAGAAUUGGACACAAAGAGGACAACAAACGACUCGAAAACGAGUACCGAUUCCUCCAAAUAUUGGCAACCAAUCAAUGGUACGAUUUUAUGAUUGAUUAUCUGACGGACCAAUCGUUUCGGUAUCUAUUGAUGAGACCUUUGGGUCUGAAUUUACGGGAAUUUUGCGCACAAAAGAGAAAACUGAAUGAAUGGGGAAUUCAGACGUUGAUGUCGUUCGCCGACCAAAUGAUAUCUCGAGUGGCGAACUGUCACUUGAGAGGUAUUCUUCAUCAGGACAUCAAACCGGAAAACUUUAUGGUCGACACCGAGAAUGUGUUGUAUUUGAUUGACUUUAAUUUGGCCAAAAUGUUGUUCAAUGAGAGCGGAGCCCACAUUCCUUACCGCCGAAGAAGUGCCGUCCAUUCGACGGGAAACGUCCAGUUCUUGUCAGUCAACGCACACGAAGGCCAUCAACAGUCCCGAAGAGAUGACCUGAUCUCUGUUGGCUAUACAAUGAUUUUCUUAGCCAAGGGAUCGCUUCCGUGGUCUCGUCAUUCGUCGCGAUUCUAUAGCUCGCGAUCGGAGUAUUUGUCAGCCGUCGGACAGCUUAAGAGCAGCUGUUCUGUCGAUGAGCUUUGCGACGGACUUCCCGAUGCCUUCAAACAGUAUAUGAAUUUGUGUUUGAGUUUAAAGUUUUACGAAACUCCCAAUUAUUUGACAUUAAGAAAACUGUUCACUGAUUCGUUGAGACAGACAUCCGAAGAGAGUUGUGAUACAAAUGGCGCACAAAUU